AAUCACGCGGCCACCGCUGCUUGGUAUGCUUUCUCCAUGAGUUAUGAGUCUAAUCCAUUAAACUAAUCGCGCGCUGCACCUGCCUGUUCCCGCUCUGCAGGUUCCUUUUUUUUCCUGCUUGCAACACAUUGCACAGUCAAAACUGAAAAUCAGUAUGUUGCUAGAUGGGUUCUAUCCAAAGACCUCGAAGUGUUUGCAGUACAUCAUUAAACCCGUUAGGCCGAGAAAAAUACACGAUGAUAGCAUUUGUCCAUAAAGGAGUAUAAAUUGGAAUACAUUUCACGUUUCCUCAAACUAGCAAACUUUCGUUUUAAAAAGAAGAGUGGCAAAACAAACGAAAGGACCUUCAGCUUGAACUCAUUCCGAAAGCGAAAUUUCAAUCGCAGAAUAGCAGGAUAUUUCGUGGCGUGGAAACUGUGACGGGCAUAUCAUGGACGCUUUCACAUUUUUUCGUAGCAGCAUGGCACAACUGGCUGUUAAUGACGUGCUUUUACUUCUUUGGUGUUUCUUCUGUUCAGUUUCUGCAUGGACGGUGACACUGAGUGACGAAACUCAUAACGUGUAUUAUGAAGAAGAUUCGGAAGCACGAUUUACAUGUGCAGUUACGCUGGAAGAACCUAAGAAAUGUAGGUUUUAUGCUACAUGGUAUUACGAACACGGCAUUCUUAGAGAUCGUUCACUGAUGAACAUGACAGAGAGCUCCCUGAACACAACACUCUCGAGGGAAAACUUAAAAUUGACUUGUAGCGUGCAUACCGGUCGUGGGGAACAAAAGAACGCGUCGUUGGAUGUUACUGUUCUAUAUCCACCAAGCAGCAUCACUAUUGAGAUGGACUCUCAACAGUUAACGGACAACGAUACAGCUACUGUGAUGAUUGGUCGUCCCUACCGAUUCACUUGCAAUGCGUCUGGUUUGAAUCCUGCUAAUCACAUGAUGUGGUUCAUCAAAACACAGAAUGGAGUGAAGCAAGCUGAGCCAUGUUGGAAUUCAUCACGGCAGGACAAGGACAGGCACAAGGACAGGGACGUGUCAUGUCAACUCGAUCUUAAUAUAACCAAAUAUCACAAUAGAGUCGUUUGUAGAGCACUAUAUCCGGAUGGCAAACCGUGUAAAGACAUAACGGUGAAUCUGCUGAUUCAGCAUGAGCAUCCAGAAACGACGACCCAGGAUUUAGAAACCCUGUCCCCUACAAGGUCUCACAUCAGUGUUAUAAUUCCAACGACAUCAUCUGUGGUCAUCUGCGUAACCAUAGCAAUAGUUUUCCUGCUAUUAAGAUGGCAUCGCAAGUACGCACUGAAUGUGAGGGAGACCACAGCGUCAAAUGAACUUAUUUUAACAGAAGACCCUGCUCCCACUGGAGCUGCACUUAGUACUUCCAACAGGUCGAGGCAUGACUACAACUUUCCUCGAGGAAAGAUCACCCUCCUUGAGGUGCUAGGAAGUGGAAACUUCGGUCAGGUCUACCAUGCUACGGCAGAUGGCAUAUACCAGUCUGGGAGGAAGUCAGAUGUAGCAGUCAAAAUACUCAAAAGGUCGGCGGAUGCUGACGUGGUUGAGGAUUUCAAGAAGGAAAUUGCAAUACAGAAGGAUUUCACGAGACACCCCAACAUUGCAUCAAUGCUUGGAUAUUGCAUGGAAAGAGAACCUUUCUACCUGAUAAUGGAGUAUCUUCCAAGAGGCAACCUGCAGAAAUACCUAAGAGGAAGGAAAGAUGCUUGGCGUGAUAACACCACAGAGGGUGACAUUCCUGCUUGUCCCUUCCAACUCCUAACAUUUGCUUCUCAGGUUGCUUUUGGCAUGGACUUUCUAUCGACUAUGGGGUGCAUUCAUCGUGAUCUUGCAACUCGCAACGUUCUUUUAAGUGAGGACUUAGUCUGCAAGCUGUCCGACUUUGGGUUAGCGCGCGAUGUAUCAGAGACGGAACAAUACGAGAAAACUUCCCUGGUACAGUGACUAGAAUUCGUAACACCUCGCAAACAUUUGAACUACUGAAUCUCAAACGCUUGCAACAGGAAGGCUGUUUAGAAUUUUUUUCAGUGACUUCAUGCUAAUGCUAACUGAAUAGUUUACUCGUUUGUAAUGUGAAAUUCCAAGUCAGGGGCAUUCGUAGGAAGUGCUGACUAUUUAGGAGAACAUAGGUCAAAUCCAUGUAUUUGAAA